CUUGGGUUGCUUUUGCGGUAUGUUUGGGUCAUUAUCCAUCUGUACUGUGAAGUGCCGCCCUAUCAGGUUUGCAUUUGACUGAAUCUGACCAAAAGGUAUAGCUCUAUCCACUUCAGAAUUCAUCCACCUACUUCUGUCAGCAGUCGCAUCAUCAACACCAGUGACCCAUUUCCAUUGGCAGCCAUACAUGCCCAUGCCAUAGCACUCCCUCCACAUUUUUGACAGAUGAUGUGGUAUGCUUUGGAUCAUGAACUCUUUCUUUCAUUCUGGUACAACUUGCAUCAGAACUGAUUUGUCAUGAAAUAACGAGGAAACAGGCCACACCUUGCCAUGAAACUGCUUAUCAGUCAAUUGUCCAAUUACUUUUGAGCCUGUGAAAAUGGAGGAACUCUGUAAAAAAUGCCUGUCAUUCCUACACUGUUAAUGCAAUGCUUUUGUUAAACCCCUUGAAUUAAAGCUGAAAGUCUACACUUCAAUCACAUCUUGAUUGCUUUAUUUCAAAAUAAUUAAGAAAAUUGUGUCAGUCUCCAAAUACUUAUGGACUUGACUGUAUGCGUUACCAUUUGACCAUAAUACAUAUUGUCACAACAGUUUAACAACAAUUAAGAUUGUACAGUUCUUAUUUAUGGUACGUACAUAGGUUUAUAAAUGUUUUGGAUUUGCAUGUUUCUGUUUUGUUGUUACAUAGACGAAAAUAAAUUUUCUGGCAACAAGACAAAGCCCCACCUUAUGAAGCUUCUCUUGUAGCACAGUUCCUUGUUAUAUGCCAGCAUACACAGGCUGCUUUUGCUAUCAUUCUUGGGCUGAGGAGACCCAGUCACGAUGUACCACAACAUGACAACUAAGGACUAUUCUGCUUACUACAACCUCACAAAUAAUGAUUUCUUAGUCUGUAACAACACCAAAGUAAUGGCCUUCAGCCGAGUCUUCCUCCCUUCCCUCUACAGCAUCGUCUUCAUCGUGGGAUUCAUUGGCAAUGGCCUGGUGUUGUGUGUCCUGGUCAAGUAUCACAAAAAUUUGAACAUAUCAGAUCUGUGCCUCUUCAACCUGGCACUUUCUGACCUCCUCUUCCUUAUCUCAUUGCCUUUCUGGGCCCACUACGCUGCCAACACUGAAUGGACCUUCGGGGGCUUCAUGUGUCAUGCAGUGACAGCGCUCUACAUGCUGGGAUUCUAUGGAAGUAUCUUCUUCAUGAUCCUCAUGACCAUUGAGCGCUACACUGUCAUUGUCCACACCUAUACCUCCCUCUUCUCCAAGCACCGGUCUGUCAGAGCUAGUAUAGCCCUGGCUUUGUUUAUGUGGGCACUUAGCUUGGGAGCUUCUCUGCCAACCAUCAUUUUCUCCCAAGAAAAAAAUGAAUCAUAUGUAUGGACAUGCAAAGUGGAAAAUUCUAAAGAGACAGUGUGGAUGUCAUUCUCUUACAUUGAGCUGAACAUCCUUGGUUUGAUCAUUCCUCUCUCAGUGAUGGUGUUCUGCUACUCACGCAUCAUCCCCAUCUUAAUGACCGUAAAGUCUCAGAAGAAACACAAAGCUGUCAGGCUCAUGCUGGUCUUGGUCACUGUUUUCUUCCUCUUCUGGACCCCCUACAACAUCGUCAUUUUCAUGAAGUUAAUGCAUCACUUGGGCUACAUGGCCAGCUGUCAGUGGGAUCAGAACCUGCACAUGGCUAUGCAGUGGGUGGAAACCAUAGCGUUCAGUCACUGCUGCCUCAACCCCAUAAUCUACGCCUUUGUAGGGCAGAAAUUCAGGAAUUUAUUUCUAAAGAUCCUGAAAGAGUGGUUUCCUGUUUGCUUUGGUCAGUGCACAACAAAUGAAAGUGAGUUCCCAGAGAGGAGGUCCAUUAAGUACUCACGCUCCUCAGUGAUUUCCACCACAAAAACAAAAUCAAAACUGUAGUCAUUAUCGCUUUAAUCCACUUAUCUACUAAUCUGCUAUUUAAUCUACUAUUAAAUCUUAUUAUGUCUCUUUUGUAUUUCACUUGUCAUACUGUUUGGACAGUGUAACCAAUGUGAAGUAAAAUUACUUUCACUACUUUUACUUACUGUUGAUUAUUUUCUGAUAUUGUUAAUGCUCUCUACAUCUUGCCAGUAAAUCAGCUUGUACAUUUCUUUAGGGUGUGGUCAGUUUUGCACAUUGUUUUACAUACAAGUUUAGUCUCAACAGACAAACAAUCAAAUAGUUUACCCAAUGUCAGAGAAGGAAGUCACUUACUGAAUAUAUUUAAUUAUUAGAGGAUUGGAUGGCUUAGAACGAGUAGACACAUUUUUGUUUUGUUUUUUUUAAGAAAAAUCUUAUAUGGGUGAUAGCAUCUGCAUGUCCUUUGUGAUAAAACUUAAACUAAAUAGGCAUGUAUUAACAAGUGAUGAAUGAUUGUCUAGGUUGGAACAUUUGGCAUAUGCACAGUGUGGCUUUCACAAUAACAGUCUAUGUAAACAGCCUGCACAGUUGCACUCUUUGGUUUAUUUCUUUUUUUUCCCUGCAGGCUCCCACUGAAAGCAGUAUGUAAGCAACCAUAGCAAAGUUUCCAAAGAUAAAUAAAUAAAUAAAUAAAUAAAUAAAUAAAUAAAUUUGUCUAAAGCAUCCAUCAUUCUGUGACUGCUGGAAGGGAUUACAAAUGUUUGUAUUUGAAAUGUUGGUUAAAAUGACACACAACUACAGGCCCUUCACAAGCUGUGGAAAAUUUUCUGGUGCAGUCAUGGUCCAGAAAUAAAAUGUGCAGACUCUUGUAUGUGUUACAAGAGAAGAUACAUUUUUUAUUCAGUGGGUUGUGCUGUGAAUUCUGGCCAAGAAUGGUCAACGUCACUGUCUCGGAAUACGGAAACAACUGAGGCUAUACAUUAUCAUGUCUUUGCUUCAGGUGAGCAGAUAUUCUUUGCCUACAGCUGUCCAAACAAAAAUGGGCAUGUUAAAAAAGUUGGCAGACAGACAGAGCAGAACUGGUUAUGGAGAGAAGCUUUGCUAACUGAUGUCUUUGUAAGACUGGGGUAACAUGUGAGACUGUGAGUAUGUUAUGCAGAUAUUAUGUUGAUCAUAUUUUACUUUUAGAAAUACUGUAAUGCUUCAACUUAGAGCGAGAAUCCUUUAUACCAUGCAUGCUAACCAUAUAUUUACUGUAUAUAUUAAUGUGCUUAUAUUAAUGAUCAUAUUAUAGUAUUUCAUAUAUAUUUGACAGUGAUAUGCCACACAAACCCUGUGAGUGUGAUUAUAUUAAUAAAUAUACUUAGUAGUAUGGCUGAAAGUUAUUUACUUAGAGAAUGUGGCUAAAUUGAAGCUCCAUUGCGUCAUGUUCUUUGUGGGCUUUCCAUCUUAAAGUUAAGGGAGUGUUGUUCAGUGUUGUUCAUAUUUCAUUACAUUUCUCUACCAUACUACAACUUCCAGAUGGCAGAAAUGGAACUAGAUAAAGGGAGAAUUAUGUCAGUGAGAAACUCAAAUCUUUUUUAGUUCCACUGUUUAAAUAAAAAUAAAAAUACAAGAUUUCCAGAAUAUGAUCACUCAAGUUUCGACCCUGGCUUUAGUUGUAAUGCUGUGUCUUGCAACCCUGAUCACCAGAAAAUUCAUUUUAACUAUAUGCAUAUAACUUAUUUUAACCCGUCUUAAACUCUACAGCAUGAAGGCUAUACAUGAUCCCUUAUGUAAACUGUGUCAAAGCAAAGUACCAGGUACCUUUCUUCUGAUAUGAUUUGGUACUGCCCUCCUGUUGCUCAGUGUUACGUUCUGGGGUAUGUCCACGUGUUUUUGUGUUUUGUUCUCUCCCCUUUUCUCUCGCCCUCCCUCUCUUUCUCUCUCUCUGCAGCACUGCGUCAUUGGAUAAUGUUCCUGUCUGUCUCGAUUACCUCCGCUGAUGUCAUCGGCCGUGACAACCAAUCCACCUCUGACCCCGCCUAUUUAAAACCCGCAGCCAUUCAUUCAUGCGGAAGUUGUUGUUCUGGUUGUUAAAACUAAAACUCUAUUGUACCUCUGUUUUUCUGUGUUCUAGUUACGCUGCCUUACGGAG